GCAGCUCCCAUCUCAGCGGCCAAAAUCACGAGGUCAGUUCAAUUCAUAUCUUCUUGGAGCCCACGAGGAAUAGAAUAAGGAGAAAAUUGACCCGAUGAAUCAGGGAAAGUUUUUUCUCUUCUUUGUAUUACAGACAAUGAGACAAUUUAGUGACAGUCCUCAAGGCUGUGAAGGGUUAUGAGAACAAGACGAUUGCCUCUUUCUUCCUUUUUUCUUGAAAAACAAAGGGAAUGAAGUCCCUGUUGCCACAGGAGGGAGCUGGGCCAGGUUCAGGAAGGCACAGUCUAACGGGAGAGUUGGGCACAGCAAGCCCAGCACGGAGCUCCUAGGCUCCAGAGAACGUCUGGACCUCAGGGCGCUCCACUCAGUGGAGCUCCUUGCCCUGUUUGACUUCACCCCCCACCCCCGCAGCCCUCAUUGCCACACUGCCCUUCACUCCAGGGCUCCCCUCUUCACACUGGGCUCUGCCCCAGCACCCAGCCCACACCGUGCACCUGGCUUAGUCCUCCUCCCCCUCCCUCUGUCUCAGCCUCAGGACACUGUCAGGACCUGUGCCUUCUCACCACGAUGAAUUCACUGGUUUCUUGGCAGCUGAUGCUUUUCCUCUGUGCCUCCUCCUUCAGGGAGACACUUGAAAAGAUGGCACCUGUGGAGAAUCCUAGACCGACAGGCCAGCGGCUGGGACGCCAGGCCCUCCUAGCCCCGUGGGAGCAGAGCCCGCGGUGGGCAGAGUGGAAGUCCGCCGGGGCCCGGCCCAGCCCGCGGGAGGCCUCGCUGUGCCCGCCUCCGGAGAGCCCCGCGGGGCCCCAGCGGCCAGGCCUGUGCGCCCCCCGCAGCCGCCUGAUGCCCGCCCCCCCGGGCGCGGUGCUGGUGCAGCGGGAAAGGGACCUGUCCGCCUACAACUGGAACUCCUUCGGCCUGCGCUACGGCAAGCGGCAGACUGCGCCUCCCGCAGGGCUCAGCGGGGGCGGGGCGUGGCUGAGCGCGAGGUGCUGGGGGCCGUGA